AUGGGGAAUUCGAAAUCUAGACUGAGAAAAGAACGCCGCCGUCCAAGUCACAACGAACAGGUCACACAAAACGAAGAAACAGAUCGGAGUCAAGAUCUUUUCAUGCCAGAAAGUAUCAAGGAAAUAGAACGUACACAAUACAAGUAUUUUUUGUAUAAACAUAUUUUCGAAUGUCGGUUUUCGCCGCCAAUCGAGGAUAAAUUGAAUGAGGGAACAUUGGUGUUAGAUAUUGGAUGUGGACCUGGUACAUGGAUACUGGAUAUGGCUUCUCAUUACCCUUGCUCAGAGUUUUAUGGAUUUGAUAUUCAUGAAAUUUAUCCAACUCAGAUUCGACCACCUAAUGCACAUUUCAAACAAGCUAAUGCUCUCGAUGGGUUAGCAUUUGAAAAAGAUACUUUUGAACUUGUGCGACUUGCUUCGAUGGCAAUUUCUUUUGAUGAACUACAAUAUCUUGAAGUAAUUCGCGACUCAUUGCGGAUUCUUAAGCCGGGCGGAUACAUUGAAAUAAUAGAAACCGAAGACUCUUUUAUAAAUGAAGGUCCAAUACUUCGAAAGUUCAUAGAAUCAUUCAAACUUCUAUUAGCAAGGCAUGACAUGGACGUUAAACUGUCACAAAAACUCGACUCAUUAGUAUCAUUAAGUGGCUUUGUAAAUAUACAAACUGACCGACGCAUAAUAAUACUAAAUGAGUCGGAGGGCGGGAUCUCCGGAAAACUUUUCAUGCAAUUAGUCGACGAUUUCUUUCAGUGUUCGGUGACGGAAACAUUUGCUGCCGAUCUGGGACUCAGUAUCGAAGAAUACAAGGAGCAUUGGCAAGUUUGUAAGGAUGAGAUUGUGACUUAUAAGACUGGAUUGGUAUUGAAGAAAAUUUGGGCACAAAAAAAUUUGAUUUAA